AACAAGAUGGCGGCGGCAGGUCCGAGUACUCGGGCCUCUUCCGCGGCGGCAGCGGCAGCUCUGAAUCGGCGGGGUCGGCGGGGCCGCUGUGACGAGAUGGCGGCAGCCAAGACUGGGACUCCGGGCCCGGCCUCUGGCCCCGCGCUGCUGGUGUUGCCGCCGCCGUUGCUGCAGCCGCCGCCACCGCCGCGGCCGGAGGAGUCGGACUGCGCUGGGUGCCUGGAGACCCCGGGGGAAGCGGCGGCCCUGCCGUGCGGCCACUCGCUGUGCCGAGGCUGCGCCCAACGCGCCGCCGACGCGGCGGGUGCAUUCAACCAUAUUUUAUUUAUACAUUCCCCUGAGGUUGGAAACCUAGAUUGCCUCCCGCUUCCUGCCCCCACAAACGAUGCCACCAUGAGCAUCUUUGUAUGUGUGCCCUUGUGGGUCCUGGGUCCGCGUCGUGACGGGGGCGCGGCCGCCACGGGGCCCAGGCCCGAGCAGGAGACGCGCGGCGCGCCAGCGGAGCCAGAGUUUAUAUUCAGAGCACCAAUCAAAUUAAGCAAGCCUGGGGAACUUCGUGAGGAAUAUGAAAGCCUGAGAAAGCUGAGAGAAGAAAAGUUACAAGAGGAGAAAACCUCUGAAGAUCAAAUCCACAGGCUGUUACCAGAGGAUACAGAAAUGGGAAAAAGGAAAAUGGAUGAACAGAAAAAAAGAGAUGAGCCAUUAGUACUGAAGACAAAUCUAGAGCGUUGUCCUGCACGUCUCUCAGAUUCAGAGAAUGAAGAACCUUCUCGAGGCAAGAUGAUACAGACACACCGCUCGGCAUUUGUUUCCAAGAACAACUCCUACUCCCUAUCUUUCCUGGCAGGGAACCUAAAUUCCAAGAUGGAAAGGAGUCAGAGCUGCAGUGACACUGGUCAGGACAGAGUGAAGGGCAGACUGAGAGCAGCCCCAACCAGCAAAGCCAAGGUCACAACCAUGACCCCAGCCUCCAACCCUAUCAUUGGUGUCCUCUUGUCCACCCAAAACAACCGCUGCCUCUCAGCCCCUGACUUAACCAUUGAAAAGCGUCUGCCCUUCAGCUCCCUCUCAUCCUUGGCUUCCUUGCAUAAGCCAGAGCGCUCCAUCAGUCCUGAGAGCAACGACAGCAUCUCCGAAGAACUAAACCAUUUCAAGCCCAUUGUCUGCUCACCAUGUACUCCUCCCAAGAGACUCCCUGAUGGCCGUGUACUGAGUCCCCUCAUCAUCAAAUCAACACCCCGCAACCUAAACAGAAGCCUGCAGAAGCAGACUUCUUAUGAGGCCAGUCCACGGAUCCUCAAAAAGUGGGAACAGAUCUUUCAGGAGCGGCAGAUCAAAAAGACCCUUUCGAAAGCCACCCUCACCUCCCUGGCUCCAGAAACAGGGGAAGACUUACUCGUCACUGAAGUUACGCAUUCUAGCAAGGAGAAGCCACUUCUGGCUUUAAAUACAAGACUGUCCAGUGGGCAAGUACUCUCUGAGUAUACAGGACCUACCCUCACUGACCUUGAUUACUUCCCCUCUGUUAGCCAGACAAAAGCAGAGCAGGGCAGUGACAGUAAAAGGAGCACUGAGAUCCCAUUAGAAACCUGCUGUUCUUCAGAACUCAAAGUGGAAGCCAGUGGGACUUCUUUGGAGAGAGAGCAGUUUGAAGGGUCAGGGUCAUCCCCAGAUGCCAAGUUAGAUAAAACCUGUAUAACAACAACUAUGAAAAUCUCAGCAGUUAGUUCAGUGCUACCUAAAAACAGUGUUUUGGGUGGGGUCCUCAAAACAAAGAAACAGCUGAAGACAGUGAAUCAUUUUGAUCUGCCUAAUGGUGUUCUGGCAGACAGCCUAGGUGAGGAGCCACUUUCUUCCUUGCGUCGGGGCAGGAAAAGACACUGUAAGACCAAGCACUUGGAACAAAAUGGCUCCCUUAAGAAACUGCGACAAAGCAGUGGUGAGGUGGGUCUGGCCCCAGCAGACCCAGUACUGCGAGAGAUGGAGCAGAAAUUGCAGCAAGAGGAAGAGGACCGGCAGCUCGCUCUACAGUUGCAGCGCAUGUUUGACAAUGAGAGGCGGACUGUGAGUCGGCGAAAAGGAAGCGUGGAUCAGUACCUCUUGCGGUCCAGUAGCAUGGCUGGGGCCAAGUAG